AUGGCUGACGUGAAGAAAACGCUGGACGACCUCAAACUGGGGGACGGAAUUACAGCUCCCGUAGUAGCUACAACACCUUCGCUACGUGAGUUCAAGGUGCCGCCGUUCGACGGGACUUCUUCCUGGUUAGCCUACAAAAUCCAAUUCGAGGCUAUCAUGGAGGCGAACGGCUGGAAUAAAAACCAGGCCAUGACUGCACUCACCCUAGUCCUGCGUGACCAUGCCUUAACUGUGUUGGAAGCUCUCGGUAAGAAAGUGACCUACGAGCAGCUCCUUGAUGCAUUGGAGGCGAGAUAUGGCAACGCUAACCUGGAACACGUCUUUCGCGCGCAGCUUAAAGAUCGCGUGCAACGAAGCAACGAAAACCUGCAGCAGUGGGCCCUUGAGUUGGAGAAGAUGGUUCGAAAAGCAUACCAGUCUGUACCUGCGCUGAUUGAAGGGACCCUGGUGCAGACAUUCAUCGACAGCAUCCGCGACCUCUAA